AUGGGACAUUGUCUGCGUGGCCUAUGCGGGCGGAGCGUUUGCACCGCUGGUACUCGCAUUACCGCUCCUCGCCCCAUGGACCCCGAAGAGCUUGCCAUGCUCAACUCCAUUAUCAAUACCCGCCGCAGUAUGGCUGCAGCGCAGGCACUCGCUAAGCAGGAGGUCAACUUUUCAGAUACCCCAAGGUCAUCGCAUACUCCUGUUGUCCCCCGAGUUCCCCAAGUGCACUUUGCUCCCCUGCCGUUCCCAGAGGACGACAUGGAUCUCGAAACGUCCCAUUCGGACCUGGACGAGCCUACCGCCGCCGAUGCGCCUGACACGUCCAUGCAUGCCUUUUCUGGGGAUGAACCACGCGCCACGGGCCACAGCCCGAGUCCCUCGCUGGACCGGAGCCCUAGCCGCAAGGCCCUCUGGCCCUGGCCCCUCGGCACCGAUGCACUCUCGCUGCGCCGCUGGCCCAGUAUGCAGCGUUCCGAGUCACCCUCCAUGGAAGAGCCUGAAUCGCCACGUACGCCGUCGCCGCCCGUGUCAAUAAAAGAGCGCCGGCGCCGGCGCAAGCAUAUCCUCUCACAGCGCCCUGGCGGGACCGGCAUGGUGACCCUGCUCGAUGGGAAGCGGAUUCCCGCGAGACAGGUGGGCGAUCCGCAGCAGGAGCAAGAUAUGGAUGCCGAUUUACAGGCGCAGCUAUGGGGCUUUGCGGCGCUCGAGCGGCAGCGCGCGCGCGUGCAAGCAGCUACACCACCGCGCCUUACCCUCUCGUCGGAGCGCGCCGCCGAGAUGCGCCGCCGUCACGAGGACGAAAUGACGGCGCUCGGCGUCGAGGCGCUGAAAAGGGUGCGUGGCGACAAGGCCAAGUCGCAUGAGCGCGCUCGUUCCGAGCCGCACAGGCAUGUGGAUCCGAGCAUCAGUAUGCCGUCGCCGUCGCCGCACCUACCACGCCGCCCCGACGCAAAAGGCAUCGUCGUGGUGCCUCUUCCUCAGCUGGGCCGCCGACCGAAGCACCCGUACGAGGGGCGCUCCUGGCUCUAUACACUUCCAAUCGACGAUAUGGACACAUCUAGCGAUACCAAACCGCACAAAGAUGGCGUUAGGCGGCGCGCCACGACCGACGCAGCGCGCCAGGAAGUUGUGCACGCAAGUCGCCACAAGCACAAACACGAUUGGGCCGAUGAGUUUUGGCCGGAGCCCAGCGCGACGUGCGCAUUGGUCACCUAG